AUGCAGACCAAGUACAUCUCCCUCCUCGCCGCUGCGGCUGUUACCACCGUCUCUGCCGCUGAAGUCAAGCGCGUUGACGUCGUUCACAUCUUCGAGACUCUCCACGUCGGCAAACACAUUCCCAGCUUCACCCCCAACAAGCGCUCUGUCAAUGCCAUCUUUGAGCGUGACGACAAGGAGGAGUGCCAGAGCUCUGCCAUCUCUAUCCUCCGAAGCGCACCCACUGCCAACAGAGACCUCGAGUCCUGGGCUCUUACUGCUGAGACCACCGACCCUUGCACUCUCACUGCCCCCUCUUCGCUGUCUUCCGAUCUCUUGAGCUAUAUGACCGCCGUGGUCGAGUGGUCUAACGAGAAGGCCGAUGAUAUGCGGGAGAUUGUUGACAAGUGUCUUGAUGGAGAGGACGCUGAGGACGCCGAACUGGGCGUUUGCUCUACUCCUGGAACGAUCAUCUUUACUGCUGUUACCACCACACAAACUGUCCAGCUCAAGACUGUUCUCGAGACUUUCGCUACUCCUGGUGCUUCUUCUACUGGCAGCGCUGGUGGCUCUGAUGACACCGAGAAGACCAACGCCGCUGCUCCUCGUGGCGCCAACUUGUUCGCUGCUGUUGCCGCCGUCGGUGUCGCUGGUUUCAUGAUUGCCGCUUAA